UGUUUUCUUUGUGCUUCAGUUUUUCUCGUUGCUCGCGUUGGAGUUCGCAUAUCACACUGUGUGUUAGAUCUAUCUCAACUCUUUUCAAUUUCAAGUGUUUAAAGCUCGUAUAUCAUUGACCAGUUCGUGAAAUAUUCUUCUAAACGAUGAAAUUCCCAUGGUCCCAUUCGACAUUAGUCGAUGUUCUGAUGAAAGAUUCAAGCAUCCAUCAUAAAUGUGAUAAAGUUUGCCAUGAUUUAACUGAUAAUAAACUAAGUCUUGCUGAGUUCGUGGAAGAGCUUGGACCGGGGUUGACCCACGAAGACAACGUUAUUCGGAUGAAAACCACAUUGCUUUUAUCAAAUGUACUCACCAAACUUCCAUCUAAUUUGCUUAACGAAAAUCAAAUGGAGUUCCUAACGAUGUUCUAUUGCGAUCGUAUGAAAGAUCAUCAUUCUGUUAUUCCAGCCAUCCUGGAAGGUCUAUUAGCAUUUGCUGCGAUGGAUAAUUUGCCAAAAGGUUCUUCGUGGAAAAUUUUGAACUCCCUUUUUCAGAACAUUCCUUGUCAAAGUCAACCGAAAGAUGACCGUACCAAGUACUUUCUUAUUGUAAAGCAGUUGGCUGAUAAGACCCCAGAAGAGCUUCAAUCGGUUGGAGUGGAUUUCGUAUACGGAGUUAUUGGCGCAAUCGACGGGGAACGCGAUCCUCGUAACUUAAUUUUUCUGUUUGACUACAUGCCAACGUUUUUAAAGCGCUACUCGUUGUUCCAUAUGACCGAAGAAAUGUUUGAGGUAUUCGCCUGCUACUUCCCGGUAGAUUUCCAUCCCAAUCAAGAUGACCCGGAAGCAAUCACUAGAGAUUCGCUGUCACAAAAACUGGAAAACUGUUUAUGUGCUUGCAACAGUUUUGCGGAACACUGCAUCCCUUUACUGGUGGAGAAAAUGGAGAGCGAUUUAGAUGUAGCCAAACUAGAUUCUCUACGCUUAUUGAUUAAAUGUACUCAAGCGUUUCCGCUUAUCGAGCUAGAUCACCACCUCGAGGAUAUUUGGAAAGUAUUGAAAAUGGAGCUGCUUCCUGGUCAUGGAAACAAAGAAGUUUACGAUUUGGCCCUGGAAGCGACCCGCCAUCUCGUCUUGGUGGCGCAUACCGAUUUGCAGAACGAAAACCGCUUGUUGACUUGCAUUUUUAUGUCGAUUCUCGGUGCCGUUUCUGAUGUUUCUACAAAGCUUUUUGAGUACGGCGUCAAGAUAGCAAUGAAAUGCGCCGAUGCGUCUGACGAAGCUGCUCUAUUUACUUCGAACAAACUGCUACCGAUUGCUUUCUCUCAAAUGCAAGAAUCUGUCCUGCGAGAAUCUGAGAAGCUGUCCUUAAUAGAGAUGAUUCAUUUGUCGUUGGUUUGUUGUAAGCGGAAGUGUGUUCUGCAUCUGAUAGCAGAUGAUUUGGUAAAAACCUCACAAAAACUGUUCAUCCAGGCGCUUGUUCAGGAAAAAGAUUCUAUGCAAUUACGCAAGGUAGUAGUCAGAUGUGUGACCAGCAUUCCGGAAAUCGUCACUGAUGAUAAUCGUUACGUUGUCUAUACGACCAUCGUAGAUACUUUAUUGAAUUCUGACGAUGAUAGUGUUUUUGUGGAAGAUUGCUUGUAUCAGUUUGCCCAACAAUAUUCCACCGAGGUAUUGAGUAUAGUGGUAGAAAAAUUGAUUCUUAGAAAAUAUGAAAACACUGCAAUUCCAACGCCUCGUGUCUUCCAAGCAUUGGUAAGGCUUUUACCUCUGAUGAUCAUCAGGGAUGUAGUAGCGAAUUUUUUUAUCAACAUAUUUUUUGGAGAUCCUUUAAAUGAAGAGGUAGCAGUUGUGGCGCUAAACUGCUGGCAACGAUUGCUGGAGAAACCGGAAUCAAAAGAAUUAUCGAACGAAUUGUGCAAACAGUAUAAUUUGAUAGAGCGAUUUACGGAUUUUGUGCAUCAAUCAGAUCAUAACUUCUCUAAUCACUUUCUCUACGCAGUGUCAGUUGUUCUGAAAAUCAUAAUGAAGCAAUUAUCGCCAGAAAAACAGCAGACUGUAGUGAACAAAUAUUUGGUUUCAAUGGACCUGACUCAAGCAAAAGAUUUGUAUUUAACUUCGGGCAUUCUAGGAUAUUUAGAUGAAACAGUAACGGUUGAAAAUCAUUUUGAACAUUUGGUGGACGAUUUGACCAAAUUAUCGAUGGACUCUGAAGAUGAUAAUAUCAAAGAUAUCAGCAAUCAUUUGUUAUGCAGCCUGUUCAACAAGAUGCCAAAUGAUGAACACCAUCGUAAUGUUCUUGUAAAAAUUUUAGCUAAAUUAAGAAGCGAAAUAAAAAACAACAAUAAAAAGGCCGUAGCUGUGUUGUCUUGGAUCGGAAAAGGAUUACUUGCCAAAAAUCAUCAUGUUGCUGGUGAAAUUGUGGAAGAUUUGGCAGAACUCUUGGAUCAUCCGUCUCUCGGCACUGUAGCUGCUCUGGCAUUUGAAAUUUUAUCAGCAGCAUUCCCAAAACUCCACUUGCCACUUAUAAAAGGUCUCUUCAAACAGAAACUUUUUGUUCUAGUAAUGAAAAAAUUAGAACAAAAAGUUGAACAAUACGCUGAAACGCAUCUCACAGCAUUGAUACACGUUUACCAAAUCGCCCCACAUAUUGUUCUUAAAACUAAUAUGGAUAAAGUGGGACCGGUUCUCCUCAAAUGUCUACUCAUAAAAGACGAAAAUGCAGUUAUCAAAACUAUACAUCUUAUAUCACGCUUCAUCCAAGAAGAAGAUGUAUUCUUCCGUGACCAUCUGCAAACUCUCAUACCACAACUUACACAUUUGUCGGUGUCCAAUACUAAGCUGAAAAUACGACUUGUUGCUCUAGAGUGCUUGCUAAACGUGACCAAAUAUCCACCGUUCUUGUUGCUUCCGUACAAACAGGAUGUGCUGCUGGAUCUUCAGAAGGCGCUAGACGACCACAAACGCUUGGUUAGAACUGCAGCGGUCGCAGCGCGCCUUCAGUGGUUUUUGGUCGGAUCGGGAGAGCACUCCAAGGAUGCAGAUAAAUAAUGGCUUGUAGAGUUGUUAGGUUUUUGUUGCUAACGAAUAUUUAACAGAAAAAUAAUCUGUUUAAAAGACGUCAUCGCUAAGAAUUUAUUGAUGUUUUAUUUCUUAUUUUUGGUCUACAACAGCUUUGACGAAAUAAAAAGUAACAUUUACAAACUAAAAUAACUUCUAGCAUUUCACAUCCGAUUGCAUUCGUUGUACAUAUGUUUACUAUGGCAAUAAUCGUUAACCACAAGAAAAAGAAACGACAUUAGUUUCCUUGAUCACACUGUGCCCUUGCCAUCAGCGCUACCUUCUGAGCCCGCUGGAUUACUUCGGGGCAACGCUUUUUUCGCACUAGUCGGCAAUCUUGGAAAAAGCCUUCGUUGCGGGGAAAUCCAUGGCUCUGAUCGCUGAACGUGAUUAGUCCCAGACCCCAAAUACGACCUCCCCUGAAUUCGCCUUCGUACUUCAUACCAUCUGAACGCCAGAAGACUCCGUGUCCGUGGAACCAGCCUUGCAUGAAUUCGCCCUCGUAUCUGGAGUGAUGAAUGUGAAUGUGUUAGAAAAUUAAGAAAAAAAAGUGUAUGCGAUACAAAUUUGG